UCUUGUUUGAUGGCAACUGAGUUCUUGGGACAGCAUGAGAUCACUCAGGAAGAAAAUGGAGGGCUGAGGAAGGAGUCCUGCUCUGACUCCCUGUGUUUCUUCCUGCUGAUCAGUCAUGGAUAUUACAGCUAAUUUCCCUUUCUCCACAGCCACGCACUCUUCCAGGCUCAGAGAAUCUCUCAUCAUAUUUUCUGGCUUCCGCUCUAAUAAUCAAAAAAAUAACAUGAGUGAGAGUAAUCAUAAUAGUGUUAAGAUGUCCUGCAAUUUAGAAAUGACUAUUUAGAUGAUACUGAUAGAUCUGAAAUGCAAAAAGUUAUACUUUCAUCUUCCUGUUGUUUUGCAAUACUCCCGUGGCUUCCAUGUUUUGCAUGAAUGCAUUAAUUUCAGCUCUUGAACGUGUACAUUGUUCCAUAAACCACCACCCUUCCAUUCCAACUAAGCAUAUCUUAUGAAAAUGAUCUCUAUCUCUUUCCCAAAGAAAAGUACAGGCACUCUCUAAUCUCAUCUCUUACAGAUUUUAUCUUAAGAAAAAUGCCAAAUUAAAAAAAACUCAAAACUCAAAUCUAAAAAAAAAAAUUAAGCAAGAGUGCUAGAUUUCUCUUUUUCUCUAAGGAUUCCUCACUCUCCAAAAGGCUGCCUCUGGCUCAAAUAAAAUUCAAUUUCCAUAAAUUUAAUUUACUGAGUUUUCAUAUGCCAGUAUUACAUCUAAAUGACAGUCCACGCCAGUAUUCCUGUGGCCCCAGAAAGCCACCUCUCCUACUCCUCGCUCCUGUUAGAUGUGUCAUUAGUUUUUCAGAGGAGAGCAGCUUCCACACGGCCCCCGAUUACCUUCCUUCCAAAAUGCCACUGUUCCUCUAUCUGGCUCUCUUGCUGCUUGGGCUGCAUUGUGCACCACCUAACAGCUCUGAAGGCAAAGUAACUACCUGCCAUUCCCCCCAACAAAAUGUCACUCUUUAUAAGAUGUCAUCCAUCAAUGCUGACUUUGCAUUCAACCUGUACCGGAGGUUCACUGUGGAGACCCCAGACCGGAACAUCUUCUUAUCCCCCGUGAGCAUUUCUGCAGCUUUGGCCAUGCUUUCCCUUGGGGCCCGCUCCAGCACCCAAACUCAAAUCCUGGAAAGCUUGGGGUUCAACCUCACGGACACUCCAGUGACAGAGAUCGAACAGGGCUUCCAGCACCUGAUCUGUUCACUGAAUUUUCCAAAGAAAGAGCUAGAGUUACAGAUGGGAAAUGUUCUCUUCAUUGGGAAGCAGCUGAAACCACUGGCAAAGUUCUUGAACGAUGUCAAUAGCCUCUAUGAGACUGAAGUCUUUUCUACCGACUUCUCCAAUGUUUCUAUAGCCCAGCAGGAGAUCAACAGUCAUGUGGAGAAGCAAACCAAGGGGAAAGUUGUGGGCAUCAUCCAAGAUCUCAAAUCGGAUACCAUCAUGGUCCUGGUUAACUAUAUCCACUUUAAAGCCCAGUGGGCAAGUCCUUUUGAUCCAUCCAAGACAGAAGAGGGUUCCAGCUUCUUAGUGGACAAGACCACAAUGGUUCAAGUGCCCAUGAUGCACCAGAUGGAACAGUACUAUCACCUGGUGGAUGCAGAGCUGAACUGCACAGUGCUGCAAAUGGAUUACAGCAAGAAUGCUCUGGCACUCUUUGUCCUUCCCAAGGAGGGCCAGAUGGAGUGGGUGGAAGGGGCCAUGUCAUCUAAAACUCUGAAGAAGUGGAGCCGCUUACUGAAUAAGGGAUAGAUUGACUUGUUUGUUCCAAAGUUUUCCAUUUCGGCCACAUAUGACCUUGGAGCCAUCCUUCUGAAGAUGGGCAUCCAGGAUGCUUUUGCUGAUGAUGCUGAUUUUUCUGCACUCACAGGGGACAAAGGUCUUAAACUUUCCAAGGCUGCUCACAAGGCUCUGCUGCACAUUGGUGAAAAGGGAACCGAAGCUGUAGCUGUCCCUGAAGUUAGAUUCCUGGAUCAGCCUGAGAUAACUCCCCUUCAUCCUAUCAUUCAAUUUGAUAGAUCCUUCCUGUUGCUGAUUUUGGAGAAAAACACCAGGAGCAUUCUCUUUCUAGGGAAAGUUGUGGACCCAACGGAAGUGUAGUUGGGAAAAAGGCUGUUGGCUA